AUGUCGUUGAAGGCUAUCUCAGCCAAAGAUGCUGCCUCCCUCGAUAAGGACUUGAUGGAGAUGGGCGGAUGGUCCUUGGACCAAUUGAUGGAACUCGCGGGGCUGUCCGUUUCGCAGGCAGGCAUGUUCUAUCGCCUUCAUCCCCCCAGCGCAGGCAAGAAUGUCCUCGUCGUUUGCGGCCCGGGGAACAACGGCGGCGAUGGCCUAGUAGCCGCUCGCCAUCUGGCACAGUACGGCUAUACACCCUCAGUCUACUAUCCCAAAGAAGGGAAGAAUGAGCUGUACCAGGCAAGCCACUCCCGGGACCUCCCCAUCGGAAAAAAGCUAAUCAUCUCGCCCCAACAGCGCCUCAAAACCCAGCUACAAAACCUAUCCGUCCCUUUUGUGCCAGACUUCACCGAGGCCCUCAAGUCCGCUGACUUCCUCGUCGACGCCAUCUUCGGGUUCUCCUUCGGGGGUCCCCUCCGCGACCCCUUCCCAUCCAUCAUCUCCCAGAUCGAGUCGUCGUCCGUCCCCGUGCUGAGUGUCGAUGCGCCCAGCUCUUGGGACGUCCAGAGUGGUCCACCGAAGGAGGGUCCGGGAUCCAAAUUUAUGCCCGAGGCGUUGAUCAGUCUCACGGCCCCUAAGCCAUGCGUGAAAUAUUACCGCGGCAGGCACUUUGUCGGUGGUCGUUUCCUGACCAAGAGUAUCGUGGAGAAGUACGGAUUAGAUUGUCCUGAUUAUCCCGGCAUCGACCAGAUCGUGGAAGCUGGUGUUGAUGCCGAAGGGCGGCUAUAA